UUAUCAAUUAUGCCUCGCGGUGAAGGUAAGGUAGUAAAACACUGGUGUACGCGUAUCGACAGCUGCGCGCGUGAACGAGAAGAGGUAGCCGACGGCUUGUUCGACGCUAAUUGAGCUGCAGGCGCGACCCCGCGGCGCUGUCGAUCGCGCUACCGACGGGCACGAGGACGGCAGUUCGCAAAUAAUAAUUAAUAAUAAUAGGCUCCUGAAUGGAAACUCAGCCAGUGGAAGCUUGUUGUCGCCUCAUUGACUGAUGACGUGGGCGUGACUCGAGGUCGCUGCGAGGCCGGGUCCUGUGGUCCGCUGAGGAAACUCUCCUGUCUUCUUAUGUCCAGUACUAUCUGUAUCUCUUCUAAAAAUGUGUGUGACUGAGCGCUUUGCCCCCAUAAGGAGGAGGAUGAGCCGCUUCUUGAACGUACUGCGGAGUUGGCUGGUCAUGGUGUCGGUAAUCGCCAUGGGAAACACCGUGCAGAGUUUCCGCGAUCACAGUUUUCUCUCGGAGAAACUCUACACUGGGACACCAGAGUUUGUGAACGGGCUUCAAGCACGAACCUUUGGCAUCUGGACCUUCCUGUCGUCCAUCAUUCGCUGCGCCUGUGCUGUUGACAUCCAGAACAGAACGCUCUACCACAUCACCCUGUGGACGUUUGUAAUGGCGCUGGGACACUUCCUCUCGGAGGCCUUCAUUUAUAAAACCGCCCCUCUCACAAUUGGUGUAAUGGCCCCGCUCAUUGUUGCAAGCUUCUCCAUCGUGGGCAUGCUCAUAGGCCUCCAGUGCAUCGCUGAGCCCCAGGAAGCGGUUGGAGCACGGCAGAAAAAGCGCAACUGAGCCCUGGUCAGCUGGAACUCCCCAUCACCUGUCACCCUCAGAGUCAGCUCCUGAAGAAAUCUGUGCGUGUUGCUUUUGUUUCCACCCAACUGCUCAUGAUCUUUGUAUAAUUAAACCUGCCAUGUAUUCGGUUUCACAAAAUGCGCUGUUGGCAUUUUUCUAAAGGUGUUCCAGUGCGUUUGGCUUGAAUGUGCUGUGUGAACACUUGUUGGCAUUUUAAACAGGCCAGUUGGGACAUACCUGUUGAGAACAAGGACAUCAAAUUCAGCUCCUCAAGUCCAAUACCCCCUCCAAUGGACCAACUGGAACCAUUUUUACAGAAAUUUUUACAAAUCCCCAUCAUUGUAUUUUUAAAUAUGAACCUUUGAUAAUACUUUUAUCUUGCACUGUAUUCACUGUUGCUAGUUAUGCACGUUCUGGAUCGCCCCCUUCUCGAAGAGAGACUGUAAGCAUGGACUUUUUUUUUUUUUUUUUUAAAAAAGCCAGCAGUCAUGCAAGCUGACAGUUUGAAGCGCUCUGCUGGUGGACCAGUCAUACCAGUAAGGUGACCUAACGGUUGACCUCAAGAAAAGAAGCCCUAGUAAGAGCAUAAUGCAGAACUUUUGAGGACGUCCUAAAGGUAACACGUUUUGCUUGUAUGUCACGUGAUAUGAUCAGGCCGAGCACGUGCCUGCAGCAUGGAUAAAGUGUCACGCCGUGCCAAUUUUGUACCAAACAAUGGAAAAAUGUGAAAUAAACUACUGACGCUUACUGACUUUGGAGCUUAUGUUUAAAGUUUUGGGAAAAGAAUAAGAACUGAAAAACAGUUAAUUUCUAAUUAUUUUCAAAGUUAUACUGGGCACACUGGGACCCAGUACAUUUACUUUGGGGAACUUAGAUUAAGUUGCAGUUACAGAAUUACAGUAUGUGUAUGCCUGGAAACAUGGCAUUUAAAUAUUAGACAUAAUUACAGAUGACAUGCUUCCAAAAGAAGAUGAUAUGCAACCUAAGCAAGUUAUUUUCACAUUUUCCUGAGUUCUGAUUCAAACAUUUGAUACAGUUGUGUAACGAAAGGUAACAUUUUUAACAAUUAGCUCGAAAAUAUUUUUAUCCAUGUGAUUUAAUACAGUACUUAGUUAAUGCUUUUUCUUAGAAUUCAAAAAUUGUACCAUUUAAACAGCUGCAAUUCAAGUCUAGUGCAGGCUUCCCUUGCAUAACGAGCAUAAUUCAUUCCUGAAGGUCUUUCUGAAGUGAAUUGUUGUAAAACAAACUUAUUUGCUAUUAAUUUAAAUAGUGGGAAAUUGCCUUCUGGUUCAGCCAUAUUCCCCCCCCAUUAUGUGAAACUCCUGCCUUUCAGACAUGGAGAAAAUUAAUUUAAAUCCACGUCCUGCAUAUCAGAGCUCUUAUGAUCGCCUUCCACAUUUAGGUUUAAGACCCACAAGUUCAAAUUUACAUUUAUAUUUAUUUUCCAUACUUCUUCCAUCCCCUUUAAUGCUCACCAUUUCUCUUAUUAUUAUUUUAUCUUUGUUUUUUAUUCUAUUCUUUUGCGGUGCAGUGACGCAGAAGGUAGCACUCAUGUCUCGCAGGGCAGGUCUAUGGGUUUGAAUAUGUGUGUGAAUCUGGCUCGGUCUCUGGAGUUUGCAUGUUUCUCCCCGUUUUCUUAUGGAUUUUCUUUGGGUGCUCUGGUUUCCACCCACAGCCCAGAGAUCUCUAUUUCAAGUAGUGUUGACUCCAAAUUGCCCAUAGUGUGUCUGCAUAAGGGACUGAGAGUGUGCCGUUGCCCAGCAACGGACUGGUAUCCCGUGAAAAGUACCCUCUGUUACAUCCUGUGCUUCCAGGAUAAGCUCCAGACCACCGUGGCCCUGCAUUGGACAGGUUGUCAUAAUGAAUGAAUUCUGUUU